UCAAAUCUAACUUUAUAUUAAUAAAGGACGUGAAUCAAUAUCAAACCCUAUUUGAAUUAAAACAAUGUAAUGACUUCUGUAUUUUUUAUACACCUAUCACUAUUAAAAACAGAACCAUAUAGACUGGAUUCAGAAAUAUACAUUUUGUGGCCUGUCAGAGUCAGAAAAUAAUUUUCAGAUAAAGCAUGAUAUCCGAAUCGCGUCAACCUUUUGAACUAAUCCACUUGAGAUUUAUUAUUUCCUGUCACGUGACCGUGUUUCCCGCCACUUUAUGUACCUCCAUGUGAAGCGAUUGUUUACAAAAAGCUUCUCUUGACUUUUGUAAGAAUCUCAAAAGCUUGACAGCUUUUAAAAUGUGGAUUCAAGUACGGAGCAUCGAUGGGAAAAAGACAGUCAGGGUUGACGAUUUGUCUAAGCUGACGAAAAUAGAAGAUCUACGAAAGAAAUUGAUCGAACCAUUUGAAGCUGAAACUGAUUCGCAAAAACUUUUUUUUCGCGGAAAAAUUCUGGUCGAUGGUCAUUCACUGUUUGAUUAUGAUGUUGGCCUCAAUGAUUUGGUACAGAUUAUGGUUCGAAAACCAAUAAUCGAAACCAACAAUAAUGUCGCCGAUGGAGACGAAUUAGAAUCAUCCGAUAAAGAAAACCAAAAACCGGAGACGCCCGAAAAGGCCAACUCUGAUAUCGAGGAUGAAGAAGUUGGCGAUAUCGAGGGAAAUAUUUAUAAAGUUGGGGAUAUAGUUGACGCCAGAGAUCUGUCAAAUGGAGCCUGGUUUGAAGCUAAAAUUACAAAAGUUACUAAAGAUAAUUCCGAAAGCGCUACAAAGGCCGAGUCCGAUGACAUCACCGAUACGAAUAAAAGGGAUGAAUCGGACGGUUUUCUGUAUCAUGUUCAGUACGAGGGCUAUGAAGAGGUUGAACAAUUAAAGCUUAAAAAUGUCAGACCUCGUUGUAAAAAUGUCAUCAAGUUUCCAAAUAUUGAAAUUGGUCAGAAUGUGAUGGCUAACUACAACUGUGAAGAUCCCACAGAAAGAGGAUUCUGGUACGAUUGCCUUAUAACUGGUAAAAAAGAAAACAAAUCGAAAGAACUUUUAGCUACUGUAUACGCAGGAGUCGAUCUUACACCUCUUGAAGACUGCAAAUUAGUUUUCCCUAACGAAGUGUUCAGCAUUGAAUCCGCUGGAAGUCAGAUAAACGAAAAAGAUAUAGAUUUAAACGAUGCUACGUCAACUCCCACGAUGCGGAAAAACAAGAUAGAAUGCGAGAAAUGUCGUGAUAAUCCUAGGGUGAAGUGUAAAGAAUGUGCUUGCAGCGUGUGCGGAGGAAAGCAAGAGCCGGAGAAACAGAUACUGUGUGACGAAUGCAACAAAGCUUAUCAUUUAUUCUGUAUGAAUCCCCCAUUGACCAAAGUCCCGGAAGAAGAUGAAUGGUAUUGCGCAAACUGUAAAAAUGACGAAACUGAAGUCGUGAGAGCUGGAGAAAAACUGAAGCAGAGUAAAAAGAAGUCUAAGAUGGCGUCUGCUACUUCUAAGUCGAGUCGUGAUUGGGGAAAAGGCAUGGCAUGCGUAGGUAGAACGUCACAAUGUACUAUCGUGCCGCCGAACCACUUUGGUCCCAUACCUGGAAUUGAAGUAGGUAUGAUGUGGAAGUUUCGCGUACAAGUCAGUGAAGCAGGCGUCCACAGACCUCACGUUGCAGGGAUUCACGGUCGGGAAGACGAAGGCUCAUAUUCUAUCGUUUUAUCCGGCGGCUACGAAGAUGACCAUGACGGAGGUGAUGAAUUUACGUACACAGGAAGUGGAGGACGAGAUUUAUCCGGGAAUAAAAGAACAGCAGAACAGUCAUGUGAUCAGUUAUUGACACGAAUGAAUAAAGCCCUCGCUAAAAAUUGUAACGCGUCGAUAAACGUGAAAGAUGGCGCUGAAGCUAAAGACUGGAAGGGAGGUAAGCCAGUUCGGGUCGUCAGAAAUUGUAAAGGCAGAAAACAUUCCAAAUACGCUCCAGAAGAAGGCAAUCGCUAUGAUGGAAUUUACAAAAUCGUCAAAUAUUGGCCAGAAACGGGUAAAUCAGGAUUCAUAGUUUGGCGUUACUUGUUAAGAAGGGAUGACCAAAACCCAGCUCCGUGGACCUCAGCUGGUAAAAAGAAAAUUAAGAGUUUGGGCCUGGAAAUGAAAUAUCCAGAUGGUUACCUCGAAACGCUGAAAGAAAAAGAGAAAGAUAAGGAAGAAAACCAGGGAAAGGGAAAGAAACGAAAGCAGUCCGUGGAGUCACCUACUAGCACCCCUAAAAAGACAAAAAUCUCGGCUUACACACUGCCGGCAGAUCUUCAAAAAUUGGUGAAGGAAGACGAUAAAAAUAAGAAAAUUUGGGACGAGGCUUUAAUUUCAAGUGAAGAGGGAAAGGCUAAAUUUCUACAAAGUGUUGAAGAUCUGUUUACAUGUAUUUGUUGCCAAGAAAUUGUUUUUAAACCUGUAAGUCUGGACUGUUCUCAUAAUGUCUGUAAGUCUUGUUUAUCCAGAUCAUUCAAAGCUCAAGUGUAUUCUUGUCCCGCAUGUCGUCACGAUCUAGGGGAGAAAUAUCCGAUGGAGGUGAAUGCCCCGUUGUCGAAAGUGCUCUGCUCCCUGUAUCCAGGUUACGAGGCUGGGCGUUGAUGUGAAUAGAUUUUAUGACGUUUUAUUUCAAUUCAAUAAGCUGACAUCUCCACUUGAAUAUCACUAUUGUGCCGCAGCUUGCAAACCAUUACAAGAUGUUUUAAUUCAACUCAAUAAGCUGAAAUCUCCACUUAGCUAUCACUGCCGCAGCUUACAGGCCAUCUCAUAUCUCCACUUACAAUAUAGCUGUCACUGCUGCAGUCUUUUAAUUUUGAAUCAUUUAGCUGAUACAGUAUCUUUGCUUAACUAUCACAGCUGCAGCUUGCAGAUCGUUACAAGUCUUUUUGGGGUCGUUAUUUGAUUGACAGUUGUCGUAUAGAUGAUUCAAAACAUGUACAAACAUCAAUUCACAUUCUGAAAAAUGAGAAACUAAUUCACAAUUAUUUCAUUAUGGACUUUUGUUCUGUAACAUAAAUGAAUAACAUAGUAGUCUGAGUUAUUUUCACAUUUAAUUAAGAAUAGAAAAUCAAAAUGUCAAUGGUAAAUAAUCUCCUGGCUUCAAUACAGUUGAAUUGAAAAGAAACCAUGAAAAGAUUUUAGCAACGACAGUUACUGUAGUGGCUUGGGUAGACCAUAUCUCGUUUAUACAUGUAUCGUCUUUAAACCAAAUGUUGACAAAUUGUCAAUCCCAUGAUGUACACAUAAUUUGUAAACUGAACGAAAUUCAACCAACUUUUAGACUUCAGAAAUGAUGACCAGAUACUUAAUAAAAUAUUUCAAUACACAGUUUUAUUCUUUAACGAAAAAAAUUAUAUUAUUAACAAUUGAAUAUCAUCCUCUUUCUGGUCACAUUAAAUUCAUCAGGCAUUUAUUUCUUAGUUUUUUCAAUAUUUUUAUCUUAUCAUGGUCAGUUGUGCAUUUAUUUUUAAAUUAAAUCAGUACUCAUGGUAUUUCCACAUAUCUAAAACUAACAGGUCUGGAAAUAACCAUACAAAAUGACAGUCACCAUUAAACUGGAAAUAACUUAUUACCAGACAUGUAUAAAGACAAAGGCCUUGUGUGUGAUACAACCCCUGAAUUUGUGUCUGACACUGUCUGUGACUGGUGCUGUAUUUCCAGGCUUGUAUUGGUAUAGAUGUUACCUGUAUGCAUGCUAUAAAUUGAUAUAUGUGCUGUAGAAUAUGAUGAAAAAUGUAUAAUUGAUUUAGAUUUUAAUUUCCAUUGUAAACAAAGUUAUUAUUUGUUGUUAUUCAUUGUUUUAAUAGAAUUAACUGUAUAUAUAUCCACAUGUGUGUAUAAAUUUAUAAUUGAUAGUCAUGUAGAAACUUUAUAUUAUAUAAUUAGUUUUAUAAACCAUAGUUGUUAAUUUACCUUUAUAUUACCUGACCGACUCCUUAUUAAAUUCAUUCAAUGAUACAUGUAACUGACAAUACCAGGACAUAAUUCUGUGAAAAAAAGUUACUGUUAUGUUUUGUUGUUUUCAGCAACAUUUAGUAACUGAAUGAGAACAUACGACACAAUUAUAUGAAAUGCAAGUUACUUAAACAUACAACUUAAACAUACAUUAUGCAAGAGCUAAAUCUGUCUAUUGCAGGUCUUUCGUUAGGCCUGAAAUGUUAUCUAAAUUAUUAAUUAGACAUUAAUUAACCUAUCCAGGCCAUAAUCAACUCUCGAUGGCAGCACUAGCCUGCAAUCUUUAGUGGAUUGUGAGCCGAUUUACUGCAAAACUUUCCUUCUUGAUAUAAUGAUUAAAUGGAUAAUUGAGACUAUGCUGUUUAUUGGACUGACUUUAGUAAUGAUGACCAAGGCUAGGGGGAAAUUUCAGUUGCUUAGUUCUCGGUUCAUAGUGGAUCAAUUUGAAUGAAAUUUUCAGCAAAUUACCUUUACAUUAUCUAGUUUUUAACUAUUAUAGUGAGAACUUCCAACUCGUUACCGAAUCUCCCAUAAUGUAUCUUUAAAAGAUUGUUUCUGGCGACAUUUCGAUGAGGGUUAUCUCAUAUUUAUCAAUCAAAAAAUGAUGAAAGACGAGAGAAGUCCGAGAACCCUUGUUGAAACAUUACCAGAAAUAAACUUUAAGUAGCUUGUAUUCUAUAUAAUUGUGUUAUUCUGUUAUAUUACUAUUCCAUGGUUGUACGUGACAAGGAGUAGGGUCACCUAUCCAACCUCGUGGGUUUUCUCUGGGUCCUCCAGUUUCCUCUCACUGCUAAAGACCCCUAUGCACAAGUGAAUUAUUGAAAUAAAAUUGAACCAUAUGUUAGUUCCAAACUGACCUAGUUUGUAUUGAGUGGACAUUAAACCCCCAUCUCUCCCUGUUAUAUUCUUCGCAUUACUGUAAAUCUUGAAUCAUAAUGUGAAUAGGGGAAAAAGGCUACACUCCAAUAUGAUAAUUUGUAUUUAUUUUAGUUCUGUGAAAAUAAAUUUACUUGUUUAAGCAUUUGUCUAGAAGAAUAAUUAAACCCUGUUACUAUGGUGCAUGUGGUAUAAAAAUAAAAUGGUGUAUUAUAUAUCAAUUAAUAAUCCAAUAAAAGUGCUCAUUUUCAUAUUUUUAAUUAUUCAUUAUACAUCUACUAUAUUUAAUGUACAUGUAUGUCAUGCUUGAUGGAAUGGCAUUGCCAUUCAUGCUUGACAGAAUGGCAUUGUCGGUCAUGCUUGACGGAAUGGCAUUGUUGGUCAUGCUUGACGGAAUGGCAUUGUCAGUCAUGCUUGACGGAAUGGCAUUGUCGGUCAUGCUUGACGGAAUGGCACUGUCUGUCAUACUUGACGGAAUGGCAUUGUCAGUCAUUUUAAAUUGGAUGUUACCCUAAAACACACUAAAUACUGUAAAGUUAGGUGUUGAUAUAGUCAUAUGAAAGGCCCCGGGGAAGAAUGAUCUAAGUCACUUUUUCAACGAACCCCAGUUAAUAGUGCCAUCUGGUAGCAAAUUGUAUAAGCUUUCUGUGGAACAUUAGAUUUCAGGUAAAAAUGAUCGGAGUCACAUCGAACCAAGGCCCUUCUGAAAUGGCCUCCCGGACAAAUGCGUCCAUCGUACUCUUUAUUUCACCUUAAUUUGGCUGAAAAGUGGAAGUUAGUUGUUGUACUGGUAAUUAUGAUUGGUAUUAAACAUCAUUUUGAAGUUGUUGUUCUGUUCGCGUCAAGCAUUCUCAUCCAAAAGUCUGUUUUGCCUUUUAUGCGAAAAGACAAAAAUGUGACUUAGAUCGUUCUUCCCCAGGACUCUUCACAUUCUUUGAUAAAAAUGUUUGACUAAUGUGAAAUCUAACUUGGGUGUGGUGUAAUUGUGCUGUUUUAAUGGGAGUGUAAUGGUUAGGAUAAAACGGUCUGUUUAGAUUAGAUAAUGAGUGUCAGGCUUAAAUAUUUUUACUUUCCCAAAGUAAUUACAUGUAACAAACAAAAUAAUUACCUUAAAAUAAAGUUGUAAACCAGAAUGCGUGUUGUAUCAUAAGGUCUGUCAUUGAGUCAACUGGCGGGGUUUCGAUUCCCUGGUUGUACGUGACAAGGAGUAGGGUAGCCUAUUCAACCUAGUGGGUUACCUCCCACUGCUAAAGACCCCUAUGUGCAAGCAAAUUAUUGAAAUAAAUGGCCGAGUUUGUGUCAAGUGGACUUAUACCUCAUCUCUCUCUCUCUCUCCCACUAAUACAACAGAACUACACGAUACCCGGAGGGAUUUGUAUUUUAAUGCACGAACCCAUGAGUGCUGAGAACAGGAACAAAAGCUACUCAUUUUGAUCUUGGGAUCGACACCCUUCAAAAAAAAAAAAGCCUAAUGCUCUGCCAAUUCAAGUAGGAUCGAAAUGAAACUUGGUAUGCCCAUUCCUUGGACAAUUGUGCAUCGAUUGAUGAAUUUCAAGUGUUGAUAUGACAUGACAGUUUGAGAUUAUAUAAUCUUGUUAUUUUAUUAUCAUACUGUUAAUGCUUUAUUCAGGGAUAGAUAUCAUAUAUUAAGUCAAUGGUUUAUUAUAAGUGUAUAUCAAUAAAUAAAAUAUAUCAUUAAUUAUUUUACCCAAAAUAUAACUCAUUCACUAGUCUUUGUUUACGUCAACUUGCUGAUACAAUCGUAUGUUAGUCUCGUAAUGACACAGUUUGUCAUGGAUUCCUUUUGAUACUUGCAUGUUUCAGACCGUAACUUCCUGGGUUAUAUAUUUGUUCUCUGUCCAUCUCUUGCAAAUUAUUGGCGUAAUUUUGCAUGGCACCGUUUUUAAUCCUGGAAGUCUGUCAUCCAUAGAAAAAGUUUUAGACCUGCUGUGUUCGUCAUUACUUGGAACCAUAUCAAAGCAUGUACUGGUACUUUUUUAUUUUUUAUUCCCCGCCUAUCAAAAUUUAAAAGAAGCAGAGGACUAUUAAAUUGUGUUUAUAUGUCUGCCACGCUUGUUACAACUUUUGGGACACAAAAAUUCUGCUUCUAAUUGAGCUGAAGUGUUUUAAAGGACAAUAUUGGUGUCAGUCAUUACGCAUGUGAUAGAACUAGUUAAUUUUAACAAAGAGAUUGCUAUGAUAGAUGCGUAUUGAAGAUUUCAAGAAAGGGAAGUGAUGGAGAAAAAAAAAAGAAGUCCAUGCAUUACCAUGUUUUUAAGUAUAGAAUGAAUAAAAACAAGGAAAUGUACGGACUAUUUCCAUUUUUCUCGUUCCCCCUUAUCUAGUGACUUUGGUCUUCGAAGGAAUUAUUAGUGAGCAGAAAUUCGCCUGUGUAUCUGUUAUCACUUGUGACUUCAGUCAGUUAUAUAGAAGGAUAAUUUGUGUUUUGCGUUUGUUUAUCAUUUCCCUUUCUUGAAAUCUUCAUAAGGCAUCUAUCAUAGCGAUGAUCUGUGUGUUAAAAUUAUAUUUGGAACAUGUUUAACCAGUUCUAUCACAUAUGUGAUAAUGACUGACACCAAUAUUGUCCUUUAAACUGGGUGUAGAUGCUAGUUAGGUAAAUAACUUGAUAGGAUAGUGUGAUUUAUUGAAACGGCUUCACUGUUAUAUUGGUUUGUUUCUAAAUGAAUAAAUUUAUCUUAUAGAGUU